AUGAUGUUCCAACCCUCUGCCGUUUUGAUGGCGGCCCUCGCCGGGCCGGCCUCCGCAAGCUACGCCUUCUACGUCGGCAAGGACCUCACCGCCGACGGAAGCGUCAUGGUCGGCGGGACCGGCGAGGAGGUCUCGUCGCACUGGCUUCAAUUGUUUCCUGCCCGCGAUCAUGCUCCCAACGCCACCAUCACCGUUGGAGUGACGGACAAAGCCGUCAUCCCGGGCAAGCUCUUUACCAUUCCCCAGGUCAACCACACCUACAGGUACCUUUCCAUGGAAUACUCAGACUUUGAAGGCUUCCCGGCGCCGAUCACCAAUGGCGGUCUGAACGAGAAGGGCGUUGCCGUUCGUGAUGUCUGGGCUCAGAAUCGCGAGGAGCUGGUUAACAUGACGCCUACGCCUCAGCACGGUAUCCAGUACAGCGACCUUGCGCGCAUCGUCAUGGAGCGUGCUACAACUGCCCGCGAAGGUGUUGAGAUCAUUGGCGAGCUCAUGAACCAAUACGGUGAGGCUACCUACGGUGGCAACACCCAUUUGGUUGCCGAUAAAGACGAGGGUUGGGUUGUCUGGGAGAUGGCCGGCGGUAAGAAGCUGUGGGCCGCCGAGCGUCUCAAGACGGACGAAGUCCGCGUUCUGUACCCUGGCUACAUCGAGGACUUCCCCACCGACUUCGCCAACAGCUCCGACUACAUGGGCUCUGAGAACAUUGUCUCCUUCGCUGUUGAGCAGGGAUGGUGGGACCCCAAAAGCGGCGUGCCGUUCAACAUCUUCAACGCCUACGGCGAGAAGGGUGAGAACCUUACCGCCCGCGAUGGUGGCUUCAAGUUCAUGUCUCAAGCUGCUCUCGAGAACGCCACCCUCGAGAUGGUCCCGCUCACUGAGGAGAAGCUCAUGGAACGCGUUCGUGACAAGCGUAUUGCUGACGAUGAGGCCGGCUACGGUCAAGUCGUCAGCCUAAAGGCCGGCAUCGACAGCGAUCUGCUACGCAUCUGGAACGCGCCUACCACCUCCGUUGCGGCACCCUUUGUGCCAUGGUGGCUUGGUGUCAACGAUAUCCCUCCCGAAUUCGGUGAGCAUCGUUACCUGACCACUGGCGCCUCCAGCAGCUUUUUGAACCCGGAUUACCAGCUGCAGGAGGCAAGCGAGUUCGCCGGCCGCAUCUUUAAGCGCGUGCUCUACUACAUGUGCUCUGCUCCGGACACCUUCCACCCGCUUGUCACGCAGAUGCUCACCGGCUACGAGAACCAGAGUCGUAGCGAUAUUGACUGGGUCGAGAAGAGCGCCAAGCUGCUCAUCGAGGGCGGCGACAGGGAGGCUGCACACUCUCUUCUCACUUACUACUCCCACAGCCGGGCUUCCAAGGCGCUUGAGCUCGGAAAGGCCAUAAAUGACGCGCUUGACGGAUAUAUCAAGCUCAGCGGCCAAUGGCGCAACCCCGUUGGCAGCGAGAUCAACGAUGCUGGAGAGGGAGCCGAGACAGUCAACUGCUUGGUUGGCUACGACCCAGACCAGCCUAUCUGGAAACAGCCUGCGCACCCUAUGAGAAAGAAGCGGGCUCUGAGAAAGAAGAUGGUUUUCCAGCAUCCCCGCAUCUAA